AUGUCUGAUACAACGAAAAAAGAAGUCAUCAACGACUUUUACGACCACGCAGCCUUACUGACAACCGGAGUCGUUGGAGUCUCUUACGUUGCGAAAACCGUCGUCGGGAAAAGUUUGGGAGCACCGAUGACGUUCGAAAGUGCGAUGAAAUUAAGUCUCGCCGUCGCGGGAAGUUCAUUUGCCGUCGCGUAUCUGAAGGACAAAGGAUACGUUCCCAAAGUUAUCGGUAACUAAGAAUAAAAUAUGACGACAAACUUAGUAGCGGGUGGAUUAUUCAAUGCCAUCGCGUUUGCGGGGGCGGGAUUCUUAUUUUCGCAUCUGAAUCAGAACGGAUACAGGAAGAAAUCAAAAGACAUAAUCACGCGUUGGAAGAAUUAGCCGAGGCCAAAGAAAAAUUCUACGAAUCCGAAGUGAAAAGACGGAAUCAAGAAUUACGUCGACGUCAAGAAAUUUUAGACGCGAAUCACGAUAUCGAAGAGACGAACAAGGCGUUGGACGAACUAAAAAAUUAUACGCGAAAAAUGGAUUUAUCGGCCCCGAAUCGUAAACCGAAAUUAAGUGAUUAUUAUCAACCGUCGGACGACAUGCAAAAAUAUAUGUACGUUACCGUAAAUGUCGUCGGUCUCGGUGGCGGAUACGUCCUCACGCGUGUAUUUUGA